CAGGCGCGCUGGCGGCGGGUCCCUGCGGCUCAGGAUGGAGGCUGAAAAUUUGCUUCGCCUUUGCGUCUUGCCAUUCCUCUGAAGACAAGAAGACGCAUCAUAAAACCUGACAUUCCCCUUGCAUUCUGUGAGUUAACAGCAAAAUGGAUAUACCAAAUGCCCCAACUUCCAAGUGUAUCACUUAUUGGAAAAGAAAAGUCAAGUCUGAAUAUAUGCGACUUCGACAACUUAAACGGCUUCAGGCCAAUAUGGGAGCAAAGGCUCUGUAUGUAGCAAAUUUUGCAAAAGUUCAAGAGAAAACCCAGAUCCUCAACGAAGAAUGGAAGAAGCUUCGUGUCCAACCUGUUCAGUUGAUGAAGCCUGUGAGUGGGCAUCCUUUCCUCAAAAAGUGUACCAUAGAGAGCAUUUUCCCAGGAUUUGCAAGCCAACAUAUGUUAAUGAGGUCUCUGAACACAGUUGCAUUGGUUCCCAUCAUGUAUUCCUGGUCUCCUCUCCAGCAGAAUUUUAUGGUAGAAGAUGAGACAGUUUUGUGCAAUAUUCCCUACAUGGGAGAUGAGGUGAAAGAAGAAGAUGAGACUUUCAUUGAGGAGCUGAUCAAUAAUUAUGAUGGGAAAGUCCAUGGUGAAGAAGAGAUGAUCCCCGGAUCGGUCCUGAUUAGUGAUGCCGUUUUCCUGGAGUUGGUAGAUGCACUGAAUCAAUACUCAGAUGAGGAAGAGGAAGGGCACAAUGACACCUCAGAUGGAAAGCAGGAUGACAGCAAAGAAGACCUGCCAGUAACGAGAAAGAGAAAACGACAUGCUAUUGAAGGCAGCAAAAAGAGUUCCAAGAAACAGUUCCCGAAUGACAUGAUCUUCAGUGCAAUUGCCUCAAUGUUCCCUGAGAAUGGCGUCCCAGAUGACAUGAAGGAGAGGUAUCGAGAGCUAACAGAGAUGUCAGACCCCAACGCACUUCCCCCUCAGUGCACACCCAACAUCGAUGGCCCCAAUGCCAAGUCUGUGCAGCGGGAACAAUCUCUGCACUCCUUCCACACACUUUUCUGCCGGCGCUGUUUUAAAUACGACUGCUUCCUUCACCCUUUUCAUGCCACCCCUAAUGUAUACAAACGCAAGAACAAAGAAAUCAAGAUUGAACCUGAACCAUGUGGGGCAGACUGCUUCCUUUUGCUGGAAGGAGCAAAGGAGUACGCCAUGCUCCACAACCCUCGCUCCAAGUGCUCUGGUCGUCGCCGGCGACGGCACCACGUGGUCAGUGCUUCCUGCUCCAACACUUCAGCUUCUGCUGUGGCUGAAACUAAGGAAGGGGACAGUGACAGGGACACAGGCAAUGACUGGGCCUCCAGUUCUUCAGAGGCUAACUCCCGCUGUCAGACCCCCACAAAACAGAAGGCAAGUCCAGCCCCACCACAGCUCUGUGUAGUGGAAGCACCCUCGGAGCCUGUGGAAUGGACAGGGGCUGAAGAAUCUCUUUUUCGAGUCUUCCAUGGUACCUACUUCAACAACUUCUGUUCAAUAGCCAGGCUUCUGGGGACUAAAACAUGCAAGCAGGUCUUUCAGUUUGCAGUCAAAGAAUCACUUAUCCUGAAGCUGCCAACAGAUGAGCUCAUGAACCCUUCACAGAAGAAGAAGAGAAAGCACAGGUUGUGGGCUGCACACUGCAGGAAAAUUCAGCUAAAGAAAGAUAACUCUUCUACACAAGUGUACAACUACCAGCCCUGCGACCACCCAGACCGGCCCUGUGACAGCACCUGCCCCUGCAUCAUGACUCAGAAUUUCUGUGAGAAGUUCUGCCAGUGCAACCCAGACUGUCAGAAUCGCUUCCCUGGCUGCCGCUGUAAGACCCAGUGCAACACCAAGCAGUGUCCUUGCUAUCUGGCAGUGCGAGAGUGUGACCCUGACCUGUGUCUCACCUGUGGGGCCUCUGAGCACUGGGACUGCAAGGUGGUUUCCUGUAAAAACUGCAGCAUCCAGCGUGGCCUCAAGAAGCACCUGCUACUGGCUCCCUCAGAUGUGGCCGGUUGGGGCACCUUCAUUAAAGAGUCUGUGCAGAAGAACGAAUUCAUAUCUGAAUAUUGUGGUGAGCUCAUCUCUCAGGAUGAGGCUGAUCGGCGAGGGAAGGUCUAUGACAAAUAUAUGUCCAGCUUCCUCUUCAACCUCAACAAUGAUUUUGUAGUGGAUGCUACCCGGAAAGGCAACAAAAUUAGAUUUGCAAACCAUUCUGUGAACCCCAACUGCUAUGCCAAAGUGGUCAUGGUGAAUGGAGAUCAUCGGAUUGGGAUCUUUGCCAAGAGGGCAAUUCAAGCUGGUGAAGAGCUCUUCUUUGAUUACAGGUACAGCCAAGCUGAUGCCCUCAAGUACGUGGGGAUCGAGAGGGAGACGGAUGUCCUUUAGCCCUCCUGGGCCCCACGCCAGCGCUUAUGGUAGCGGCACUGUCUUUGCUUUCAUGCACAUACCACUGCUGCUCAAGAUUCCUGCACUAUGUAUCUCCCACACCGAGAAACCCCCCACCCAUCCCUCUGUAGCGAGGCCUCAGCUGUGCCCAGUGGGGACUGAACUAUCUCAGUGAAAGGGGCGACAGAGGCAGCUAGGGCUUGGGCUUCCAGAAGAGAGAGUUGCAGAAGUGAGAGACUGCACCUCAGGCCUCAGAGGAAGAGUGCACGGGCUGGGGGGUAGACAAUGUAUGCUUGAUUUCUAUGGGCCUCAGGAAGAAACUUAGGCAGCUCCCAGCAAGCAUCAGCCUGUCCUUUUAGCUUUCCAAAUCAAGGGUCCUUAUGUAACUGGGUUGCCAGGCACAUCUCUCCGUGGUCCCAAGACCUGGAGAGGACAGGCUGAGUGAAGUCAGGUACCUAGAGCCUAUGAGGGGUCUGGGUUAGAGACAAACUGCAGGCAGCACAGACCGAACUCAGAGGGGAGAUGGGCCACCUUGCUACCUCUUCCUUCGUGGCAGGAUUUAAAUGAAAGAAUAUGGGCUCUAAGUAUACUGAUCUUCAAGGCUGGGAGAAGGAAAGCUAAGUGCCAUCCAUCCAUGGAUGGCAGAAAAGGGGAACCAGCCUGGCAGUAGUUAAACUGCUAAGCUUGGGGCCCAGGAGGCCAUGAGAAAGCCUUCUCUGUAUACUUUGGAGAUGGAUGGGUAAGUGCUUUCAGGUUCUCAGGAGCAGGUGCCGGUGCCCUGUCACCUCCUUCUGAGGGUCUGUAGUCUUUUUCAGGCCUUCCGUUUCCCAUUCGGCCGAAGGGGCCACUGUUGCUUAUCUUUUCAGGGUAGUUGGGCCCAUGCCUAGACUAGAGAGGGGAAAGGUUGGUGUGAUUUACUUUCCUGUCUGUGGCACCUGCUGUUUAGCCAGGGUAAGUUGGCAAUAUGUGUUUGGAGGUGGGUGAGGGGCUACCAAAUUGCAUGUGCAUAGGAUGGUGUCACACAUGGCAUACAGUGUGAGAAGCAGCAGGCGGACCACCUGUGCCAGUCUGUGGUGCCAUUCUCUCUGGGAUUCAUGCAGAGCAAAGCACUUUACUCUUUCUUUUAGAAGGCCUGGAGAUUGAGGUGGAGCUUGAGCUAAAGUUUCUGGGGUCCCAGCUCAAAUCCCACGUGGAGUAAGGGUGGAAGAUUCCUCUUCAGUUCUGUCUCAUCUCCUGGGGGAGGCAGGACGUGCUGGCUUGACACAAAAGAAUUUAAUGAGAAUGGGGCCAGCAAGAGCUGCCCCUGUGUCCAUCGCUCGUGUGCUGAGCUAGUGGGGAAUAAGGAGCGUUGGGCAGGGGCAGGAAGGUCGUGGGCAGGAGAGACUGACGUAGGGAGUACUGGAAAAGAGAGCAGGCUUCUCCCUUCUCUCUUGGGAACCAGAGCCUCUCUUCCCACAGUCUGUGCUGACCACUCUUUCCCUCCAGCCCCACUGGUUAUCCCGUAAAGCAAGGAGGUAGGGCUCCCUCUGGCCAGGCUGUCUGGCUCCUGGGGAUUUUGGUGGGACUGACAUACACACUUACUCACCGCAUUUGUGGGCAUAUGUGUGCCCUGCACUCAGCACCCUCCCAGCCAGCUCCCAACAGAAGCCAUCUUCCCACCUGAUUGGGCCAGCCCCAACCAUGAUUCUGAAACCUGCUUCUGCUGUGGUGUGUAUUCAUUGUGUGUGCUGGGGACUCCCUCACGCUGGACUGUGGGCUCUGAAUCACUCAUAAAUUACAGGGGGAACACAGAGGCAGAUGCAGGAGAAGGAGUUAGGUCUGUCUGAAACACCAGGGGCUGGCCAGGAGGAGCAGGUGAAAAAGGGAAGAAAUUAUACCCAGCCUUCAAGAGGCCAGCCUGACCCCCCUCCCCUCAGUGCAGGGUCAUUGUGGUUCGCCCCUCCUUCCCAGUUUCAGACCACUAAUACUCCUGUUUCUCCAGCCCUUCUAUCCUUUUUCCCUGCUGUCCCUCACCUUAAAUGAUAGGUCUUAACCCACCCCCCUCCAAAAUGCAAUGAUGGGAUGGAGCAAGGUGGCAGGGGCUGGGAGGGGGGGCAGCUGGUAUAUGUGUGGCUUUAUUGCCAGUGAAUUUCACGCACUUUAAAGUCCUGUGGCUUGUGACCUCUUAUCUGAAUAAAGUGGUAGAAUCCAUUUUGGCAGGUUGUGUACUGUCUGUUUUGGGGCUGG